AUGGGGUCACAGGGUACAAGGACGACAGAAGCUAUACAGGCUCAGCCCUACAGGACUACAGGCACUGCAACGAUUAUUGUAGCCCAACAACGACUGUUAUUUCAACCACAUCGUCUUCUACAGCAUCGACAACCUCCACAAGUUCUUCUUCUACAUCGAGUUCCACAUCCUCAACAACUUCAUCAAGCUCGACAUCAUUUACAUCGUCUACAACCUCCACUUCUUCCACAACUGAUACAAGUUCUUCGUCAUCAUCGAGUUCCACAACAUUCACCACCUCUACGACAUCCACAACCUCUUCGUCUUCGUCAACAUCUUCAUCAAGCACCACAUCAUCCACAAGUUCGACAUCAUCUACGUCGUCUACAACCUCCACUUCUUCCACAACUGAUACAAGUUCUUCGUCAUCAUCGAGUUCGACAACAUUCACCACCUCUACGACGUCCACAACCUCUUCAUCUUCAUCUUCGUCAACAUCUUCAUCAAGCACCACAUCAUCCACAAGUUCGACAUUAUUUACGUCGAUUUUCACAUCCUCAACGAGUUCUACAACCUCUACAUCCUCCAUAA